AAUAGUUGUGCUAUUGCAAAGUUAAUUUUGUCAUGUCAGGUUUCAUUCAAUAAAAUAUUACAUUGUGAGUAUUCAGAGCCGAGUAUAGAAGAACGAUAAUGUCAAUGAAUUAAAACGCGUAUCUCAAAACAGUUUAUCAUUCUGCGUGAAGAAUAAAUAUUCUGGACGUUAUGGGGAAUAGAAAAGUAAUGGUUAUUUUUCUAACUAUAAAACUUUUUGAUUGGUGCGAAGCAUGGUGCGACGAAAAAAGUGAAACUAAAACUACUUUUGUUCCGGGACAUCACGACCUAAUCACCGGAGAAUAUUGGUCUGACGAAUAUCGAUCAACAAAUUUCAUAACGAUUAACUGCAGAGGACAACCACCUUUCGUGAGACAGGAACAUUCUGACAGAUACUCUGGAUACUCUGGCCAUCUGGAAGUAUCAACAUUAACAAUUUCUCAUACCCAUAUCUCUGUACUUACGUCGACAGCCUUCAGCCAUUUUGAAAGGUUAACAAUUCUUAUUAUGAACGAUCUACAACUGAAAGAGUUGAAGCCAGGUGCAUUUAACUCUCUUCAUUCACUGAAAGAAUUAUAUUUACAUGAGAACCAGUUGACAGUGAUAGGGUCAGGAAUAUUAAACUCAUUGUCAAACUUGGAAGUACUGGAUAUGUCGAAGAAUAAAAUAAAAAAAUUGAGUAACAAAUCUUUCAUAGGAAUGACUAAACUGAAAAAAUUGUUUCUAUCUUCAAAUCAAUUGUCCUAUUUCGAAAGUACAAUAUUGGAUCAGAAUACAAUGAUUCAUGUUGAUUUAAGUUACAACAUUUUGUCGGAUAUCGAAAUAAAUGAAGUUACAAGAAUCGAACAUCUAGAUAUUUCUAAUAAUCUCAUAAAAAAACUGACCUUUUGUCCAUUAGAUUUUAUCUCUUUCAAUAUCAGUAGAAAUAAUAUAGAGUUUUUGGAAAAUAUGAACUGCUCAGCAAAUUUUACUCUCAUUCGAUUUGAUGCCAGUUACAACAAAAUUUCAAAAUUGGAUCCAAAGUUUUUCUCAAACUUGGACAAUAUGCAGUAUUUGAAUUUACAAUAUAACAAUAUUUCGUCAGUACCAACAGGAUUAUUUUCCGAUUUGAGGAGUUUAAUUGGCCUAAAUUUAUCAAAUAAUCAAAUAGAACAAUUUCAACAUGGUACAUUUGAAAACUUGGAUAACUUGCAAGUUUUAGAUAUAUCACACAACAAACUCAAAUCAUUGCGAAGGUGUUUGCAUUCACUCGUGAAAUUAAAAACUCUUUACAUACAAGAUAAUGAAAUCGCUUAUUUCAGUAGAGAAAAACUUUCCGAAGAUUUGCCUAAGUCAUCUUUCAUUUCAUUAGACGGCAAUAUUUUUUCUUGUGAUGAGUUGGUUAAUGUGAUCCAUGAUUUUAGGGAAAAGGGCAUUUCUGUCGAAUAUGGUAAAGCUAAAGACACCCCCAAUAUUCAUGGGAUAUCUUGCUCCGAUUAUGAAAACUUGGAAAUAUCAGCGUUUGAUGACAAUUCGGUAUUCGAAAAUAUUGUACUUUCGAAAUUGCAACAGUUGGGCGGCGGGGAUUUGAAAAACUCUGUGCUGAACGAUUAUUUCAACACCGAGUUCAAAAAUAGUAACUUUUACAAAUAUCUGGAAAAUUUUCAUGAAGCAAAUCUAUUUAGAAAAAAUCGAACAGCAGCAAUUUUUGAUUAUUUCAAUAAUGAUUUCGAGAAUAGCAAAUUCUAUAAAUAUUUGGAAAGUUUACAAGAUAAUGAAAAUUUCACCAUCGAAUUCAAUAGGAGCGUAUUCAAAUAUUUUGAUAAUGACUUCAAAAAUAGCAAUUUUGUGAAAUAUUUGAACGAUUUAAGAAAAUCAGAUGAUGGCAUAAAAGACAGUUUUUUCAAUAGCGAUAUUUUUAAAUAUUUCAAUGGUGAUUUCAAGAAGAGUAAUUUUUACAAAUAUUUAGAGAAUUUUAAAAUUUUGAAUAACCAUUUUGCAACAAAUCUCGAUAGAGAGGCACAAAAACUGUCAGGGGUUUCUGAUGAGGAAAAUAAUCGAGGAAUAUUUAUAACAAUUGUAUUGCUUUUAGUUGUUUUAGUUUCACUCAAAAUCAUUUCGAUGUUGACAGAUUUUAUCAGAAAAAGACAAGAAAAGCACGAAAGUGUGGAACUUAUUGAAGCUUAAGCGUACAUUUGAAUUUGAUGUUUGAAUUGUCGAAUAAAAGUUAUUUACGGUAUCAA